AUGCUUAUGUUUCCAUCCAACUUCCUUUUCUCUAAUAAAAUUGGAGAAUUUAUAGACAGCAACAUUUGUUCUUUUGAGAGGGGACCUUGUACACUUGUUAUUCCCUCAGUCCUCAGCAGCUUGAACUUAGCUUAUUAUAACAAAUUGUUAUUAAGUUGUAUUAAUAUAAAAUUUUAUAAAAUAUUACUCACAAUUCAGCAUUCUGAGGUAGAUGACGAUAAUACAUUUUACUCCAUCUUUGAAGUCCCUAAUACCGAAUCAAUUACUAUUUGGUUGACUGUAGCCAUGAGUUCUAGCAAUUUGGCAUGCAUGUUGCUUAUAUUUUCAUAUAUUGGCAUUGAAGCCACAGCACAAACAGAUGCGAAUGAUUUGGCCGUGCUUAAAUCUCUCAAAAAACAAUGGAAAAACACGCCAUCCAACUGGGACGGAACUGAUCCAUGUGGUGAAAAAUGGGAUGGUAUUUUCUGCAGUGGCUCCCGUGUGACUACUGUAUUACUAUCACGUGCGAAAUUGAUAGGUUCACUUCCUCAAGUUGUCUUGUCAUUAUCCGAGUUGAAGAAGCUGGAUCUUUCAGACAACAAUAAGCUGACUGGUAGUCUGCCAUUAAAUAUUGGAAGUCUGAAGAAUUUAGAAAUACUUAUUCUGUCUGGCUGUAGUUUCUCUGGCCAAAUUCCUGAAUCAAUAGGAUCCAUGCUUCAGCUCAAGAGAUUGUUUCUCAAUUCUAAUAACUUCAAUGGAUCAAUACCACAUUCUAUUGGAAAUCUCCGGAAACUUCUCUGGCUUGAUUUGACUAACAACCAGUUGAACGGAAAACUGCCAAUAUCUAGCAAGACAACACCAGGCCUGGAUCAGCUACAUGAAGCAGAACAUUUUCAUUUUGGACAAAAUAAACUUUCUGGGGAAAUUCCGCGUGAACUUUUUCACGUUGAUAUGAAACUGAGGCAUCUAAUUUUCAAUGACAACUGGCUAACUGGAAGUAUCCCGGACACAUUAGAACUUGUGCUUUCUUUUGAGGUCAUUCGUUUAGACAGGAAUGAACUUAGUGGCUUAGUUCCACAGAAUCUUAGUAGGCUCGCAAAAGUGGGUGAAUUGAACUUGGCUAACAAUAACUUGAUUGGUCCAGUCCCUGAUCUUUCAGAAAUGCAUUCCCUUGCAUAUGUGAAUCUGAGUAAUAAUAGUUUUGAUGAAUCAAAAAUUCCUCUAUGGUGCUCAACUUUGCCGAAUAUAACUACACUAAAGAUGGAAAACACUAACCUAAUAGGCCAAAUACCAGCAACACUGUUCAAUCAGUCUGAUCUGCAAACUGUGCUACUAAGAAAUAACAAACUCAACGGCACUGUGAAUCUUGCGACUGGCUAUGGCAGUAAACUUCGCUUUAUAGAUUUGCGGAAUACUUCCAUUGAUGAGAUAAAUGCAGGAGAAUACAAUUACAGGAUUCUAUUUGAUGGCGAAACAGUCUGCAGAAAAGGAGAAACUCAAGGAAACUGCAACGAUGACCUACCAAUUGAUUUUUUUGAGUAUAUACCACAAACACAAUGUGUUUCUCUAUCUUGCUUCGAGAACCAGCGUAAAAAGGCUUGUAAACGUCCCUACCUUGGUCGUUUGAUCUUUCUAUCAUACAACUUUUCUGAUUUACACACCUCAUCUUACUAUAACUUCAAUAAUACUCUCAAGACUACUAUUGGUUCCCACCACAUAAGUGAAAUAUGUUUGGUUCGUUCAAGGAUAGACCUUUCAUAUGAUUAUCUCGUGUUGGAAAUAGCAAUACUUCCUCCUGAGGGUGAACAUUUUAAUCAAUCAUUAAUCUCUUUCAUUGGGAAUAUCCUCCAAGAGCAUAUUUUUAGUGUACAAUUACCCUAUAAGCUCACUCUAGGUUGUAAUGAUCCAGGUGAGAAUACACUUUUAGUUAGUCAAGAAAAAUAUUAUUUACAUUUUUAUCUAUUUUUUUGUUCAUUUGAUACCUCUCUUCCUAUUCUAAUGUCAUGCGAAUUAGACAAAUGUGAAAUGAAGAACCCUAAUUAUGACCUCAUUAUUGGUGCGUCGAUAUCUUUCUUUGUGCUCGUGCUGAUAACAAUCUUUGUUGGAGCUUAUGCUUAUCGUCAAAGGAAAAUAGCUAUAAGAGCGAUUAAAUUAAAUAAUCCUUUUGCAACCUGGAAUAAAGAUGACCUUCCACAACUGAAAGGAGUUAAAGUAUUCACUCUUGAAGACGUUGAACGUUACACCAAUAACUUUUCACAUGCAAGUGAGAUCGGGAUCGGAGGCUAUGGGAAGGUUUAUAAGGGGAAACUUGACAAUGAACAACUAGUUGCAAUUAAAAGAGCAAAGAAAGACUCGUUGCAGAGUGCGCAUGAGUUCAAAACUGAGAUUGAGCUUUUAUCAAGGGUUCACCACAGAAAUAUUGUCAGUUUGGUUGGGUUUUGUAUUGAUAAAGAUGAACAGAUGCUUAUUUAUGAAUAUGUCCCAAAUAACAGCUUAAAAGCGAGUCUUAGAGGGAGUUCGGGAGUUCGAUUAGACUGGAUGAGUAGAUUGAUGGUAGCCCUUGGUGCAGCUAGAGCUCUGGCAUAUCUACAUGAGCUUGCAGAUCCACCAAUCAUACACAGAGACAUUAAAUCAGGAAAUAUAUUGCUCGAUGAUUAUUUGAACGCAAAAGUGGGAGAUUUUGGUCUGUGCAAACCAGUAAGGAAUGAUACAGAUUAUUCCACCUCUCAAAUUAAAGGAACAAUGGGGUACUUAGAUCCUGAGUACCUGUCAGGCAGACAGUUAACUGAGAAGAGCGAUGUCUAUAGCUUUGGAGUAGUGAUGCUCGAGCUGAUAACUGGAAGGCCACCAUUAGAAAAAAACAAGGGAUAUCUUGUCCAAGAAGUUAAGGUGACAAUGAAUGAGACAGGGUACAUAUACAAUCUCGUUGACCCUGUCAUACGUUCUGGUAAUUUGAUUUGCAUCGAAGAAUUUACAGAAUUGGCACUUUUGUGUGUCAAGGAUUCAGGAUACAAGCGGCCUUCAAUGAGUGAAGUGGUAAAAGAAAUCGAGAGUAUCAUUCAGACUGCUAGAAGGAGCCUGAGUGUUGUUUUAAGUUCCUAUGAAGGAACAAGUGAAAUUGAUUCUGGUCAGAGCAGUAGUGUCAUCUCAGCUUACGAUGGAAGCAGCCGUCUUCUACGAUAA